UCUCCCGGGGCUCAGUGCUGUCAUGGCGGCAGAGAGCAGCCGUGUUUGCAGCCGAGGCAGGAAGACAUGGGGCUAAUUGAGACCGCGGGGUGAGGAAGCGGCAGCUGAAACUUUCGGCUCCUUCCCGCUCUAGGAGCGGCGGGUACUUCUCCGCCAGGGGGGCUAGCGACGAAAGGGCUCGCGAGUGGGGCAGCAAAGCAGCCCACUCCCCGCCCCUCAGCCGGGCAUUAAAGCACCCCCCCCCCCAGCCGCGCGGCACACGAGACGCGAGGAGGAGAAUUGGGGCUUUACGUACCUGCCUCGGUGCAGUGGGGCAGCUGACCCAACCCUGCUGUGGAGGAAAAGCCAAGCUUGGGCGAGCUUUCUCCACACCCCGUGUACUUGGGGUGUUUCGCAAGUUGGACCUGAAGAGAGAGUGAGCAAGAGACCCCUUUCCCUGCCACUGAAAUCGCUUCUCAUUGGCUGUGGCGGCUGUGCCUCUGGCAUUUCAGCUAGUGGUAAUCUGAAUUGAACUAGCUAUGGCUAGCGAAGGCAAACAGGUUCUUCAGCCAACAGGUGAUGGUGGAGGAGGUGGAGGGAAAGGAGGAAGUGCUGCUGAAGUGGGGAGUAGCCUGCAGCCCUUGAACCCAGGAAUCCCUAUCCGAGGCAUCAGGAUGAAAUUUGCAGUGCUGACGGGACUGGUGGAAGUUGGCGAAGUGUCCAAUAGGGAUAUUGUAGAAACUGUAUUCAACUUGCUUGUAGGGGGACAUUUUGAUCUGGAAAUGAACUUUAUUAUCCAAGAAGGAGAGAGUAUCAUCUGCAUGGUAGACUUGUUGGAUAGAUGUGACAUCACUUGCCAGGCUGAGGUAUGGAGCAUGUUUACAGCAAUCCUGAAGAAGAGUAUACGGAAUCUACAAGUCUGCACAGAAGUGGGGCUUGUUGAACAAGUGCUACAGAGAAUUGAUAAAGCUGACAAUAUGAUUGCAGAUCUCUUAGUUGAUAUGUUGGGAGUGCUGGCUAGCUAUAAUUUGACGGUCCGGGAGCUAAAAUUGUUCUUCAGCAAACUCCAAGGAGAAAAAGGAAAAUGGCCACCACAUGCUGGAAGAUUAUUGUCUGUAUUAAAACACAUGCCUCAUAAAUAUGGUCCUGAUGCCUUCUUCAACUUUCCAGGAAAAAGUGCUGCAGCUAUUGCCUUACCUCCUAUAGCCAAGUGGCCCUACCAGAAUGGAUUUACCUUUCACACUUGGUUAAGAAUGGAUCCUGUAAAUAAUAUCAAUGUGGAUAAGGAUAAGCCUUACUUAUAUUGUUUUCGAACAAACAAAGGACUUGGUUAUUCUGCUCACUUUGUUGGAGGCUGUUUGAUUGUGACAUCAAUAAAGUCAAAGGGAAAAGGAUUCCAGCACUGUGUGAAAUUUGAUUUCAAGCCACAGAAGUGGUAUAUGGUUACUAUAGUGCAUAUCUAUAACCGCUGGAAGAACAGUGAACUUCGGUGCUAUGUGAAUGGGGAACUAGCAUCAUAUGGAGAGAUAACGUGGUUUGUCAAUACCAGUGAUACGUUUGAUAAAUGUUUCCUGGGUUCUUCAGAAACAGCAGAUGCUAAUCGAGUGUUUUGUGGGCAGAUGACAGCUGUUUACCUUUUUAGUGACGCUCUCAAUGCUGCUCAGAUUUUUGCCAUUUAUCAGCUUGGCCUGGGAUACAAGGGAACGUUUAAAUUCAAGACAGAAAGUGAUCUCUUCCUUGCUGAGCAUCACAAACUGUUACUGUAUGAUGGCAAAUUGUCCAGUGCUAUUGCUUUCAUGUACAAUCCAAGGGCUACUGAUGCACAGCUCUGUCUAGAAUCAUCCCCCAAGGAUAACCCUUCUAUCUUUGUUCAUUCACCACAUGCUCUCAUGCUUCAGGAUGUGAAAGCAGUCCUAACACAUUCUAUCCAAAGUGCUAUGCAUUCAGUUGGAGGAGUGCAGGUACUUUUUCCUCUGUUUGCACAGUUAGACCAUAGGCAAUAUUCUUUGGACCAAGUUGACACAACUGUUUGUUCUACUUUGCUGGCUUUCAUCAUGGAGUUGCUGAAGAACUCCAUUGCUAUGCAAGAACAGAUGCUUUCCUGUAAGGGCUUCCUUGUGAUAGGACACAGUCUUGAAAAGUCUUCCAAAGUCCAUGUUACCAGAGUUGUGCUAGAACUAUGCCUUGCCUUUGCUAAAUACCUGAGUAAUUUGCACAAUGGGAUUCCCUUGCUUAAACAGCUGUGUGAUCACAUUCUCCUUAACCCGGCAAUCUGGAUUCAUACACCAGCGAAGGUUCAGCUGAUCCUGUACACUUACCUGUCUACUGAGUUUAUUGGCACUGUUAACAUAUACAAUGCAGUUCGGCGUGUUGGGACAGUUCUUCUGGUAAUGCACUCCUUAAAAUAUUACUACUGGGCUGUGAACCCUCAAGAUCGCAGUGGUAUUACUCCAAAAGGUGUAGAUGGACCACGCCCUAAUCAGAAGGAGAUUUUAUCUCUGCGAGCAUUCUUACUGAUGUUCAUUAAACAACUAGUGAUGAAGGAUUAUGGAGUGAAAGAAGAUGAACUGCAGGCUAUCCUCAAUUAUCUGCUCACAAUUCAUGAGGAUGACAAUCUAAUGGAUGUCUUGCAGUUGCUUGUUGCUCUGACAUCAGAGCAUCCCAGUUCUAUGAUUCCUGCUUUUGAUCAGAGGAAUGGAUUAUGGGUUGUCUACAAACUUCUAGCAUCAAAAAGUGAAGGGAUCAGGGUACAAGCUCUAAAAGUGAUGGGCUACUUCUUAAAACAUCUAGCACCUAAGAGAAAAGCUGAAGUCAUGCUUGGACAUGGAUUAUUCUCUUUGCUGGCUGAAAGGCUGAUGCUUCAUACAGGCUUAAUCACCAUGACCACGUACAAUGUCCUGUUUGAGAUUCUUAUUGAACAAAUUUGCACUCAGGUGAUACAUAAACAGCAUCCUGACCCAGAUUCAACAGUGAAGAUACAAAAUCCUCAGAUAUUGAAAGUAAUUGCGACCCUACUACGUAACUCUCCCCACUGCCCAGAAGCUCUGGAGGUUCGUCGAGCUUUUCUCUCAGACAUGAUUAAACUUUUUAACAACAGCAGAGAAAAUAGGAGGAGCUUGUUGCAGUGCUCAGUGUGGCAGGAGUGGAUGCUUUCUCUUUGCUAUUUCAACCCCAAGAACUCUGAAGAGCAGAAGAUAACUGAAAUGGUGUAUGCCAUUUUUAGAAUCUUGCUUUAUCAUGCAGUCAAAUAUGAGUGGGGUGGCUGGCGAGUUUGGGUGGAUACACUGUCAAUCACACAUUCAAAGGUAACGUUUGAAAUGCAUAAAGAGAGCCUUUCCCAAAUGUAUCAAGAUUACCAAAGGAAAGGCGGUGAAGGAAGUGGAACAGUUCCUUCCACUCCUGUUAGAACCAUCUCAGGAGUUAACAGAGAAGCUGAAUUCUCAAGGAGGCAACAGUAUGUGGAGGUGAAAGAAGCUGCUGCUUCUGCAUAUGUUGGGGCUGAUAGUGUGGAGCACAGUGCUCAGAAAAAUGAGAUAAAAGCCUCAUCUGAAUGUGAGCUACAAAGUCAUUCACCAUCUAAUGAAGGGAAGAAAUCUGAGGGAGAACAUGCUCAGAGAUCACCUGACUUAAACAGAGCAGCUUGCUUAGAAUUUCCUUCACCGACAAAAGCAGUAAAACCAGGGGAUUCAGAAAUCACUUCUGGAAUUGCCGAAGCAAAUGCAGAUUCUCUGAGUAAAGCUAACGAACUUGUGGAAGAAACAGCAGCUAUUGAUGGGGCUUCUCUAACUGCACAAACUGUUUUAGAAGGGGAGACACCUGAAAGCCCAGAAAUGCUGGAGGAAUUUACACCAGAGGUGGAAGAUGAUUUUGUUGAUUUAAAAGAGGAAAGCAGUCUGCCUUUACCUUCAGAAGAGUUGGUACUAAAACCCAGUGAAGAGACUAGCUCACCUGAAAGUGAAAGCGAAAUAACAAUAGCAACAAGAGAGGAAACUGUUGUUGAGGAGGAACCUGAGUCAAUACUUUUAGAAUCCAAAAGUGCUGAAAUCUUGAAUGAGACAAGAGAAGAAUUGGCUUCCUUAUCAGAAACAGUGACCGCUGAAGUCCAAGUGGAGACAAGUCAACUAAAUUCAGAAGUGAGUGAGAAGUUAGAGGAAUUAAAAACUGAUCGCAGUGAAACCAAAGCAACUGGAGAAGAUGCAAACACACAUACUUCAGAGAGAAAAAUUGCCAAGCUUGAUGUUUCCAGUGUUGCAUCAGACACACAGAGACUGGAACUAAAACCCAGCACAAGCCAGGAAGCAAUUCAGCCUCUUAGACCCCUACCUGAGAUAUCAAGGCAGGAAGAUUCAUCAGGACAAGACUUGGCUGCUGCUUCUGAUGGGCAGAAAAGAGAUUCCAGGUCGACUAUGUUUCGUAUUCCUGAAUUUAACUGGUCCCAGAUGCAUCAACGUUUGCUCACAGAUUUACUCUUUUCAAUAGAAACAGAUAUACAAAUGUGGAGAAGCCAUUCUACAAAGACUGUGAUGGACUUUGUGAACAGCAGUGACAAUGUCAUCUUUGUACACAACACAAUUCACCUCAUCUCUCAAGUUAUGGACAACAUGAUAAUGGCUUGCGGUGGUAUAUUGCCAUUGCUUUCUGCUGCUACAUCUGCUACACAUGAAUUUGAAAAUAUAGAGCCAACUCAAGGACUUUCAAUAGAAGCUUCGGUAACAUUUCUUCAGAGAUUAAUCAGCCUUGUGGAUGUGUUAAUUUUUGCAAGCUCUCUUGGCUUCACUGAAAUUGAGUCUGAGAAAAAUAUGUCAUCUGGAGGAAUUCUGAGACAAUGCCUUCGACUGGUGUGUGCAGUGGCAGUAAGAAAUUGUUUGGAGUGCCAGCAGCAUGCACAAAUGAAACCUAUUGGAGAAACUGUAAGGAGUCAGAAAACAAUGCAGAGCCUGAUAGGAACAGGGAAGUCUGCAGCAAAGAGUCCAGUUGACAUUGUGACUGGCGGAAUUUCUCCAAUACGAGACCUUGACAGACUUCUGCAGGAUAUGGAUAUUAACCGGCUUCGAGCAGUAGUGUUCAGAGAUAUAGAGGAUAGUAAACAGGCUCAGUUCUUGGCCUUGGCUGUAGUAUAUUUUAUCUCAGUCCUUAUGGUGUCAAAAUACAGAGACAUACUGGAGCCCCAGAAUGAACGGAGGCAACCUCAUCUUAGCCAGUCAUUCAAGGGAACAGAGAAUGGAAGUAGUGAGGCAACAUCUACAGAUGUAGAAAAUCCAUCUGCUACUAUUGGUGCUUCAACUCCAGUAUCAACAGAAGAUUCUGAAGGUUCAGCACCUGUACGAAGAAGAGACUCGGGCAUUGGAGAGAAAUCAACUUCUGGUCAAGCAAACAAUUCAGAUGCUGUUGCUGAAGCAGGACCUCAGAGUGCCAGUUCAGGUCCAGAUGCUAUCAGUGAAGUAUUAUGCACACUUUCUUUAGAAGUCAAUAAACCUCAGGAAAACAGGAGUGAGGCAGGAAAUGAGUUGACUGAGAAGACUGCAUCUUCUGUACCUUCUGCAAAAAAUGUCAACGUAAAGGACAUUCUCAGAAGCUUGGUUAGCACUCCAGCAGAUGGUGCCACAGUGGAUCCUACCCUUCUGCCACCAACCUUCCUUGGAACUCUUGGUGAUACUGCUGCUGAGCAGCAUGUGCAAUUCCGUUCCUUUGACAGGAGUGUUGUUGUAGCUCCAAAGAAAUCAACAAUUUCCCCUUCUACAGCUACCAUGAGUGUACCCACAAAUGCUGUCAGCAUGGUUUCUUCAUUAGAUUCAACGCAGGCCCCAGAUCUGACAGGAGAAUCUCCUGGCAGUGGAUCAUCUAAUUCAAAAUUGCCACCAGUGCCUUCAGUUUCCUCUGUGCCAGAGGAUUCUGCUUCAAAUAUGAGCAUUACAGAGAGGCUUGAACAUGCUUUGGAAAAGGCUGCCCCUCUUCUGAGAGAGAUUUUUGUGGAUUUUGCUCCCUUUCUUUCUCGCACUCUUUUGGGUAGCCAUGGGCAGGAGCUGCUGAUAGAAGGUACAAGUCUGGUCUGCAUGAAAUCUAGUAGUUCAGUGGUGGAGUUGGUCAUGUUACUUUGUUCUCAGGAGUGGCAGAACUCAAUACAGAAGAAUGCAGGCCUAGCAUUUAUUGAACUUGUCAACGAAGGAAGAUUGCUGAGCCAAACGAUGAAGGAUCAUUUAGUGAGAGUGGCGAAUGAAGCAGAAUUUAUCCUGAGUAGACAGAGAGCAGAGGAUAUUCACAGACAUGCUGAAUUUGAGUCACUGUGUGCCCAGUAUUCUGCAGAUAAACGAGAGGAUGAAAAGAUGUGUGAUCAUUUGAUAAGAGCAGCCAAGUUCCGAGAUCAUGUGACUGCAUCCCAACUAAUACAGAAAAUUAUCAACAUUCUGACAGACAAGCAUGGAGCCUGGGGAAAUUCUGCAUCAAGUCGUCCUCGUGAGUUCUGGCGCCUUGACUACUGGGAAGAUGACUUGCGGCGCCGGCGACGAUUUGUGCGUAACCCCCUUGGAUCGACACAUCCUGAAGCGACACUAAAAGCAGCUGUAGAACAUGGUCAGUGUAAAAACUGCUUCUUGCCAGUAGUAGCAGCUCCAGACCAAGACGUGCUUCUUAAAGGAAAGCAGUCCAUCAAGAGUCAGGUUUUAGGAAAUCAGAACUCGGAGAGUGAGAUUCUCUUGGAAGGCGACGAUGAUACCUUGUCAUCCAUUGAGGAGAAAGAUUUGGAGAACUUAAUUGGUCCAGUUAGCCUGUGCACACCAGCACAGCUUGUGGCCCCCUCUGUAGUAGUGAAGGGCACUCUUUCCAUCACCUCUUCUGAACUCUGCUUUGAGGUAGAUGAAGAAGAUCCCAGUUUUAAGAAAAUCGACCCCAAGAUUCUGGCUUAUACAGAGGGACUCCAUGGAAAAUGGCUGUUCACAGAGAUUCAGUCAAUUUUUUCCCGACGUUAUCUCCUGCAAAAUACAGCAUUAGAGAUCUUCAUGGCAAACAGAGUUGCUAUCAUGUUCAACUUCCCAGACCCAGCAACAGUAAAAAAAGUGGUUAACUGUCUACCACGUGUUGGCAUUGGCACUAGCUUUGGGCUACCACAGACCAGACGCAUUUCUUUGGCCAGUCCACGUCAGAUUUUCAAAGCUUCCAAUAUGACCCAGCGGUGGCAGCACAGAGAAAUUUCAAACUUUGAAUAUCUGAUGUUUCUAAACACCAUAGCAGGACGUACUUACAAUGACUUAAAUCAGUAUCCUGUAUUCCCCUGGGUUAUCACUAACUAUGAAUCAGAAGAGUUGGACCUUACACUUCCUAGCAACUUCAGGGAUUUGUCAAAGCCUAUUGGUGCUCUAAACCCAAAGAGAGCAGCAUUCUUCACAGAGCGAUAUGAAUCAUGGGAAGAUGAUCAGGUUCCAAAGUUUCACUAUGGCACUCAUUACUCAACUGCAAGUUUUGCGCUCACUUGGUUGUUGAGAAUUGAGCCCUUUACAACAUUUUUCCUACAUGUACAAGGCGGGAAGUUUGACCAUGCAGAUAGAACUUUUUCGUCAGUUUCAAGAGCAUGGCGCAACAGCCAGCGUGACACUUCUGAUAUAAAGGAGCUGAUUCCUGAAUUUUAUUAUCUCCCAGAGAUGUUUGUCAACCUCAACAAUUACAAUCUAGGUGUGAUGGAUGAUGGAACAGUAGUAUCUGAUGUUGAACUUCCACCAUGGGCCAAAACCCCAGAAGAAUUUGUUCGCAUAAACAGGCUGGCCUUGGAGAGUGAGUUUGUUUCGUGCCAGCUUCACCAAUGGAUUGAUCUAAUUUUUGGCUACAAACAGCAAGGGCCAGAGGCUGUCCGAUCCCUGAAUGUAUUCUACUACUUAACCUAUGAAGGAGCAGUCAAUCUGAGUUCAAUAACUGAUCCUGUAUUGAGAGAGGCUGUUGAAGCUCAAAUACGAAGUUUUGGACAGACCCCUUCCCAACUACUCAUAGAGCCACAUCCUCCAAGAAGUUCUGCCAUGCAGGUGUAUCUCCUCCUGCAGAGUCCAUUGAUGUUCACAGACCAAGCUCAACAGGAUGUUAUCAUGGUCCUAAAGUUCCCAUCCAACUCUCCUGUCACUCAUGUAGCAGCCAACACCCAGUCUGGUCUGGCAACUCCUGCUGUGAUCACAGUCACUGCUAACAGGCUAUUUGCUGUGAACAAGUGGCAUAACCUUCCUGCUCAUCAAAGUGCUGUACAGGACCAGCCAUACCAGCUGCCAGUGGAAAUCGAUCCUCUCAUAGCCAGCAAUACAAGUAUGCACAGGAGACAAAUCACUGACCUGUUAGACCAAAGCAUUCAGGUCCAUUCCCAGUGUUUUGUCAUCACCUCUGACAAUCGUUAUAUCCUGGUUUGUGGCUUUUGGGACAAGAGUUUCCGAGUCUAUUCUACUGAUACAGGUAAACUAAUACAAGUAGUGUUUGGGCACUGGGAUGUUGUCACCUGUCUUGCCCGCUCUGAAUCCUAUAUUGGAGGAAAUUGUUACAUUCUCUCAGGAUCACGUGAUGCAACACUGUUGCUCUGGUACUGGAAUGGCAAAACCAAUAGCAUUGGUGAUAACUCAAGUGGUGAUUUUGCCACUCCCCGUGCCGUCUUGACAGGACAUGACUAUGAGAUUGUUUGUGCUACGGUUUGUGCUGAACUUGGUCUGGUAAUAAGUGGUGCUAAAGAAGGGCCAUGUCUCAUACAUUCUAUGAAUGGAGACCUACUGAGGACAUUAGAAGGUCCUGAAAACUGCUUGAGACCAAAACUUAUCCAGGCUUCAAGAGAGGGCCACUGUAUCAUAUACUAUGAAAAUGGCCUUUUCUGUGUAUUCAGCGUGAAUGGGAAACUUCAGGCCACUAUGGAAACAGAUGACAAAAUAAGGGCAAUCCAGAUGAGCCGUGAUGGACAGUAUCUGCUUACAGGCGGAGACAACGGGGUCAUCGUGGUAUGGCAAGUGUGUGACCUCAAGCAGCUUUUUGCUUACCCAGGCUGUGAUGCUGGAAUCCGUUCCAUGGCCCUGUCAUAUGACCAAAGGUGUAUAAUGACUGGCAUGGCUUCUGGGAGCAUAGUGCUUUUCUACAAUGAUUUCAACCGAUGGCAUCAUGAAUAUCAAACCAGAUACUGAUGUUGCAACAGACCAGAACUAGCACUGGCAAGGACAGCUGCUGUCAGAAUGAAACUGAAUAUAGCAAACCUCUCUUCAGUAUCCUGCCACAGCAUUGUUCUGUAUAAAUAGCUAUAUUACACCUGAAUGUAACUGAAAUUUGCUCAAAGACGCAAACUAUUUUUUAAAGUUAAUUGCUAUUUUUGUAGACUUUGCAUGAUUUUUUGGGGGCAAAGGGCAAAGAAGCAGAAAAAUGGCUGCUGGGUUCUGUAGUUAAAAAUCUAUAUUUUUAGUCAUAAUGAGAAGUCUAUUUUGAUUCAUGUAUGGAAAGAAACUUAAAAUAAAGAUGGUUAAAACUCUUAUUCUAGCUAUAUCAUGAAGAAAUACAUUUCCCAUCUAAAGCUUUAUCUAUAACCUUGAGGAAUAUAUGAUUUUAACAAAUUGAAAGUGGAUUAUAAUACUGGGGAUUUUAAUUUGUGCUACACUUUGUCUUGAUGUACUUUUCGAAAUGAUUAUACUUCUUCAGCACUGAAGUUUCUGGGAAUCAAUAAUAAUAUUUAAAUUAUGAUAAAUGUAAUUUUAAACAUGACAAGGAAUUGUUUCCAUCAAUAUUACUGUUCAAGCAUGUUUCUAGACCUAGACAAUUUAGUUCUUUUUUAGUUGUAUGUUUUUGUUGUGCAGUUAAGAGGGAGAAAUCAGCAACAGAGUCUAUGGUACAUCAAAUGUGAAUCCUACUAGUUUUUACCUGGUAUUUCCUUCAGAGCACACCAAAAUGUGCGUUGUUCCUCAAAAUCAAAACUUUCACUUGGACAUGUCCUCAAACUAGCAACCUACACAAUAUUUCUUUUUAAUUAGACGCAAGUCCCAAAGCACACUUCUGCUGCUUGACUAUGAAAGCACUAAGAGGCAGGCAUUCAAAUGUUUAUAGCUUUGACAUCUUUGCAGAAGCUCUAGACUUGCAAACUUCUUUCCCUUUUUUUUAGUUUUUUUCUUCAGAGGACGGACCACCAUAAUUAUGUAGCAGAUACCAUAUCUUGUGCUGUGUAUGGCAACAAAACCGUUCAGUUUCUGCUACCAAAUCCAAUCCAAUCUUGUCCAAUCAUGUUAAUAAAUUAUCUCCUCCCUUAGGAAAUGAAAAAUAAUUUAUACUAAGGAACAAUAAGUUAUUUUGGUGUUGCAUAAUUCUACUUUUCUACAAGAUUGCUGUGCAGAAUUCUGUGAAAAUAUUUGUGAAAAGAACUGUAUUGUUUUGUAAGUCUGUAUUGCAUAAAUAACUUUUCAUGUGUUGUGAUCUAUAUGAGUUAAAACUUGCAUUCCAUAUCUGUAUCAAUUUCUCUAGCUGCCCACUGGAGCAGUUCCCAUUUUUCUCUUUAAGCAAAGAUUUGGAAGGAGAAAAUGCCAGUUUGAGUGAAGAAAUUAAAUAAAAUGGCAUUUGUAACUGAGACCUUCAA